AUGCAUUACUCUCAGUUCGUCACCGUGGCAUCUGCGCUCGCGCUGGCGCCUACCGCCGUUGUUGCUCGCCAGGCCGCCGCUGCCUUCGUCACAGUCAACUCGCUAGACACUUGCCCUAAAAAGGUGGCCCAGGAAAUCAUCAAGCCGGGACCGAAGGUAGUAACCACGCCCUAUACUUGCGAUAAAGUCAAGGUCAGUCAUGGCCUGGACGUGUCCUACUACAACUUCGACAUUGAGCCCCUCACCAAGGACACCGUUCCUUACUGCAAGGCUCUCAAGGUCUUCGACAACGAAGGUUGCCUGGGCUUCCCUACUCUAUGGAUUCCUCUCGAGAGCCCACUCGAGGUCAAGUGCAUCCCUGAACGCUACUUCAGCGACGAAGUGAAGUACAUCUCGUUCCAGCUCGAUUGCAGCGAGGACGCCCCUGUCAAGAAGGAGCCAAUAGGCCCUAAGGAGGUGGCUGAACAACUUGCACAGCAGGCACAGCAGGCAGAAAAUAGUCCUAAGCAGGAGGCUCAACAGGGUUCCAAGCAGGGACAGGAGGCACAGAACGGUCCUAAGCAGGAGGCUCACCAAGAUUCCAGGCAGGCAGAGGCUGCUCCUAAGCAGGAGCAGGAGCCCGAGCAAGGUUCCGAGGAGGCCGAGCAAGCUCCUGAGGAGAGAAAGGCCUCAAAUCCUGCUGACAGUCUCGGCCUUGGUGAACUCACAAAAAUGCUCGGUUUCCGGUGA